AAGGAAAUAAACGAAAAAGUGGAAGCUGCAAGUGGAGAAAUGAAGAAGGAAAUCGGGGAAGUUAAGAAAGAAGUCAAAGAUAUGAAGAACAAUUUUUCAAAAGUGAACAAAGACGUGGACGAAGUCAAAGUCAUGAUGAUUCAAAUGCUUGAACUGCUGAACAAACUGCCAUCUGCGACUGAGGGAAUGUUGAACACACCAAGAGAGGAUAUUUUGAUUGCAGGCGGAUAUGGAGGACCUUGGAGUGAACCUGGCGCAAGUACGGAAGUCUAUUCGUGGGAGAAAAAUGGUUGGUUUGAGGUGUCGCCAAUGAAUGACGACCAUGAAGGAGCUUCAUCAUUUAUCUAUAAAGAUCAGUUCUUUGUUGUCGGGGGAGCAGAUAGUAAGGCAAUAGAGACCCUGAAUCUCGAUGAAUUACCUUUGAAAUGGACAAAAUUUCUUGGGGAACUGCCUUAUCCGUGUGAUGAUCAACAAAUUGUUGUUUACCAGCACAGUGUCAUUCACAUUGGUGGAUUUCAAUAUGGCAAACGAUGGUCUAACGUCAUUAGUGAAUUGCAACUUACAUUGCCUUGCAGUAUGAAAGUGUUGUGUCAAAUGCCUCAACCGCGAGGACAUCAUUGCGCUGAGGUAUUUGAAGAUAAAGUGCUGAUUUUAGGAGGAUUUAAUUCUGUUAUGAUUACAAACAGUGUAUUGGAGUUUGAUCCAAGAAGGAAUGAAUGUAAAGAGAUGCCAAAAUUACCGUUUGCCUUGAGGAGAAUGGCGACAGUUCGCUGGAGGGAUGAAGUAGUCUUGCUUGGAGGUCGUGAUAAGGAUGACAAAGUUCUGAAUGAUGUUUUCAUGUACAACUCCAAGACAGGCAAGACCACAGCCUUACCAUCCAUGUUGGAGAAGAGAGAUGGAUGUUGCGCAGUUAUUACUGGAAAUACUAUUGUAGUGAUGGGAGGUAGGAAUGAGAAACGUCAAUAUCUCGGUUCAGUGGAGUGUUUUACAAUGGGAGGUUCUACAUGGGAGUAUCUUCCUGCCAUGAAUAAUGCCAGGUCCCGAGCAGUUGCUGAUGUUUUACCUUCCACACGAAAAUAUGUGUAAAUUGGACAUUGAGACAUGGUUCAACGUUGUUAGGUUGAGUAUAAGUUGUGUUUUUGUUUGCAAAUUGUCAGAAUUGAC